GGUCCCGGCGGCGGCAGCAGCGGCUCCCAGCUCGGCAGCUCUGAAGAUGGCGGAGCGGGCUGGCGCUCGCGGCAGCACAUCCCUGAAGGGGCUGCGGGAACGGAUGGUCGCUGCUGCUAACGCAAUUGCUGAAGAAAGACGAAACCAGAGUGGCUUUAGCACUCUUGCACCUCAGUCUUCAAAUGCAAAGUCAGCAUUUAAACCAGUAAUAGAUGGAUCUGUGCUUAAAAACGAUAUAAAACAAAGAUUAGCAAAGGAGCGAAGAGAGGAGAAAAAGAGACAGGAAGAUGCUAAUAAAGAAAUACAACUUCUUGAGAAAGAAAGAAAGUCUAAGAUCCUAUAUGAAAAACAGAUGGAGGAAAAGCAACGAAGACUGAGAGAGCAGAAGGCAAAGGAUGAGCAACGGAGAAUAUCUGCAGAAAGAAAAAGAAAAGAAAAAUUUCAGGAGGAAAGGGAGAGACUCAAGGCCAUCCUUUAUCGUACAUUGGAACGGAGCAGCCACGUUGAUCGUCAAAAAAGAUGGUCGUGGGAGGGCUGUACGGGAAUAAACUCUGAGAAUAAAACCGCCAAUAAACAUUCUAUAUCUACUGAAAAACUUGAGCAGGGGACUUCUGGUUUACACAAACAAGUGUCUGUGUCAUCUACAGGUCUCCAGAAUCCGGUUGACAAGAAAGCAACAGAGAAGAGGAGAAGCUCAUCUCUGAAUAGAAGAUGCAGCAAACUGCAUUCAUCUGCGGAACCUGAAGAAGUAGAAUCAAAAACAAGUGGCAUCCACAGUAUAAUCCAGCUUGUAAACAUGCCCUUGCGUAGCCAGAGCAGUGUUGAAUUGAAGAGUACCAUAGUGCCUUGCAAGUCAACAGUGGCAAUCCCUUCCCAGGAGAAAGCAGAAAUAUCUUCAAAGAUAUUUGAAGCAGUCCCCAAGGCGAGUGUGGAAGCACCCGCCGAGGCGAGUGUGGAAACACCCCCAGAGGCGAGCGUAGAAGCAUCCCCGGAGGCGAGCGUGGAAGCACCCUCGGAGGCAAGUGUGGAAGCAUCCCCGGAGGCAAGUGUGGAAGCACCCCCGGAGGCAAGCGUGGAAGCACCCCCGGAGGCGAGCGUGGAAGCACCCCCGGAGGCAAGCGUGGAAGCACCCCCGGAGGCGAGCGUGGAAGCGCCCCCGGAGGCGAGCGUAGAAGCGCCCCUGGAGGCGAGCGUAGAAGCACCCCUGGAGGCGAGCGUGGAAGCAUCCCUGGAGGCGAGUCUGGAAGCAUCCCUGGAGGCGAGUCUGGAAGGGUCCUCCAAGACCAGCAUGGAAGCACCCGUGGAGGCGAGCAUGGAAGUGCUCCCCAAGAGUGUGGAAACAUCACCUGAGGCAAGCAUGGAUCCAUCCCCUGACGUGAGCAUGGACUCGUCCCCUGGGAUGAGUGUAGACCCAUCCCCUGAGGUGAGCACGGACUCAUCCCCUGAGGUGAAUGUGGACCCAUCCCUUGAAGUGAUCACGGACUCAUCUCCUGAAGUGAGCUUGGAAGUACUCCCCGAGGAGAGCGAAGAGAGCCUGGAAGCGUCCCCUGAGGACAGUCUAGAACUGCUCCCCGAAUUGACCCCCGAUGAGAGCCUGGACGUCCCUCCCAAGGAGAGCCUGGACGUCCUUCUGGAGGAGAGCCUGGAUGUGUCCCCCAAGAAGAACCUGGACGUCCCUCAAGAGGAGAGCUUGGACGUAACCCCUGAGGAGAGCCUGGACGUCCUUCCCAAGGAGAGCCUGGACGUCCUUCCGGAGGAGAGCCUGGAUGUGUCCCCCAAGAAGAACCUGGACGUCCCUCAAGAGGAGAGCUUGGACGUAACCCCCGAGGAGAGCCUGGACGUCCUUCCCAAGGAGAGCCUGGACGUCCUUCCGGAGGAGAGCCUGGAUGUGUCCCCCAAGAAGAACCUGGACGUCCCUCAAGAGGAGAGCUUGGACGUAACCCCCGAGGAGAGCCUGGACGUCCUUCCCAAGGAGAGCCUGGACGUCCUUCCGGAGGAGAGCCUGGAUGUGUCCCCCAAGAAGAACCUGGACGUCCCUCAAGAGGAGAGCUUGGGCGUAACCCCCGAGGAGAGCCUGGACAUCCGUCCCGAGGGGAGCCUGGAAGUAACCGCCAAGAAGAACCUGGACGUCCCUCAGAAGGAGAGUGUGGAGGCGCCCCCUGAGGUGACAAUGGUGAAAGCAAAAGACUGUCCUCCGCAGAAAUCAGAAAUGGACAAACAGGCCUCAAACUCUGUUACCAAGAAGCGCCUACCACCGUCGCAGAUCCCAUGUUAUAAGUGGUCGUCUUCUCCAACAAGCAGGUGGCGUCCGCCAUCCCCCAUCAAUGCUAAGAGGCAAAUCCAAAAGAAUCGCCCCCCAUCACCUUCACCCGUCACUUCAAAACCAUCAACACAGGUUCCUUUUUCUUAUAAAGUAAUUCCUAUUCAGCGUACCCUAUUUGCACAAAAUGCAUCAGGUACUAUUGGAAUGAAAAGUGAAGCCAUUUCUAACACCACUAACAACUCUGAGGCUGCGAGCCAAAAUGGUGCGAUCUGUGAAGAGUCUGGUAAUAAAAGCACACCAGGGCCUAUGAGUGCCAAGGAGGCAACAAAAAUUUUGGCAGAAAAACGACGCCUUGCUCGCGAACAAAAAGAAAAAGAUGAAGAAAGACUACAAAAAGAGAUGGAACAAAGGAAAAUGAAAGGCAUAGCAAAGAGAGCAGAUGAAGGCCCAGAAGAAGAGUUCUCAAAUUUUGAAGAUGUGCAGCAACCAAAGGAGAUAAAAAAGAAGGAAGAAAGUCAGGAUCCAGAGGACAAGAAAGUACAACUCCAGAAAGGCGACGCCAAAAUAAAAGCUCAGGAGGAGGCUGACAAACGCAAGAAGGAGCACGAGAGAAUUAUGUUACAGAAUUUGCAGGAGAGAUUAGAAAGAAAAAAGAGAAUUGAGGAAAUUAUGAAGCGGACGAGAAAGCCAGAUUCGAACACAUCAAAGGCUGCAGAUACAGCCAGCAUCCAGCGUGAUGCAUAUGAGGAGGACGAGGCGGACGAUGAGGACGAGCCAGAAAGUGACGACGAUUCCUUUGAUGACAUGCGUCCACCUGCUUUUAUAAAUGGCAUGGAUCCAUCCACAACACCAAAAGCACAUUUUAAAAAUGUGAAGAACACUCGCAAGCUGGAGUUUUUAGAUGCCACUUCUAGCCACAUCUGUAAAGAGACAAAAACAGUUUUUAAUUGUGACAUGAAAACCUUUAGACAUAAAAGCGUGAAAGAUACUUUGAGUCAGAUAAAGAGUACAAGAUCCUCCACCAAAAGAACCACCAGCCGAGCAGCAAAAACUGGAAAGGCCAAAACCAGCAACACCAUGGGACCUUCUAAGAGUUUACGUUCAGAGGCACAGGAGUGGAUCUGUGACAAGAUUACUGACAUCACCAGCGAGACAGAACCACCUAUGUCAAGUAUCCCUCCUGACAGCCACGAACGCCACCUGAAAGGUUCUGUGACAUCCUGCCUAAGUGCUCAGCUGGCUGUGGACAACAAAAAAAGAAACAAAUCUGUUUCUACUGAGUCGGAUAUGUAAACCUUAUCCAGUCUGCAAGAGAAUCUAUCCUCCCCUCUGGAUUUUGACUUCCAGGCCCAUCUCUCAAAACUUCUCCACCUCCUGCUUGAAACUGGCAAAGAAAAUGACCUUCAAAAACAAAUACAAAAGGAAAACAUCAAAAUGUCAUCUUAACGUAUCUGAGGAGAUGCUCAUGUCAUCUUGACUCUUGGCCACAAGCAAGGGUCCUGAGUGAAGAGUCGUUGUGUUUUCUUAUAAAAAUAUCCAUUGUCUCUCAUUCUUGUGUUUUGAGACUUGUCUCCAACAUGCUUGAGUGUAUAUUAAGGGUGUCUUUAUAAAAUGCUAACUCUUGAGUUUCUGAUGGAAUCUCUACCAAAGGAAUAAUUUUUUCUAAGUACAUAUUUGAAGUCUCCAUUUAACAAUUACAUUAAUUUAGCAAUUAAAAGCUUGAUUUUGAGAACAUAGUGGGUUAUGCAAAGACUCAAGACUGCUCACAAGAGUUUUGUUGGAUUGUUUUUAAUACACAAAUACAAGAAGGUUGCAAAAUAUAAACGAGAUCGGGUGCAUUCAGGGUGGCAUGGCCGUAGACAAGGUUGCAAAAUAUAGUAAGUCACAUUUUACCAGUAUGUAUGUAUAUUUUUAACUUUGCCAUAGUCUGCCAGCCUAGUUUACAGGCACUGAUACCGCAAAUGCUGGAAGUCCUAAAAGGGAUGAUCUUGGGACAGUUAGCAUUUCUCCUGUUCCUGUCAGUGUUUCCUUCUGAAGUACAUAUUGAGGUUUAUCUACAGAAACAUGAGCAGUUUUGUUGUGUACAAAAGGCAGUAUUUGACUGUUGUUGAUGGGGUCUGCUUAAUUCCUCUUAGGUGUUUACUGUGUAUAAUCUUUUUCUGCUUGUGCUCUCCAGGCCUGCCCUUCACUAUAAACUCAGGCUUGAGAUGUGGAACCAAAAUACGCUUGCCUUUCUCUAGGCGCUGGCUGCAAGCGAGUACAGGAGGAGGAGUAUUCUUCAGUCCUGGUGAUAGGUACACAGAUACACACAGCGUACGCGUGCACACGUACACGGACACACGUACUCACAGGAUGUAUGUUCCUGGAAAUCCAUGGAAUCCUGCUUCAACAAUUGACUAAAACUUGAAUGCAAAUUAGUUGUCCUAAUGCUAAUGAGUUCUGGUGCAUCACAAGAUUGUGUUCCUUUCUAGCCACCAGUCUUGAAUUAGUAAAAGGAAGUAAUUAUUCUUUUUGAUUCCCUAGUUCUUUGCAAUUCAGAGUACUGUACCUUUGUUAGCGAUUAGAGCUUGGUACCUUAGAUUCAAAAACUGUUUUUAUAUAAUAGGUCUUCUACAUAAAAGGCAGAGACAAUCAUGCUGACAGGUGAAUUUCUGAUACUGUUCUGCACAAGCAUCACAUGCUGAAACACUGUUACACUUUCAUAUGUGUGCUCUAUGAAAUAAACUUUGCAGAUGAAGCAA